AUGGACAAGACAAAUGCAACAGUCGUUUCUAAUUUUAUUUUUCUGGGAUUUACUCACUAUCCCCAAAUUGAAGUCAUCAUAUUUGUGCUGUGCUUGCUGAUGUACUUGAUCACCUUACUGGGCAAUAUUAUUCUGAUCUUAGUUAGUGUCCUGGAUUCUCACCUACACACACCCAUGUACUUCUUCCUCAGCAACCUGUCAUGUCUGGACAUCUGGUAUACUUCUUCUGCCCUGACUCCAAUGCUGGCAAACUUUAUUUCAGGGAAAAACACCAUCUCAUUCUCAGGGUGUGCUGCUCAGAUGUACUCCUCUCUGGCCAUGGGCUCCACUGAGUGUGUGCUCCUGUCUGUGAUGGCGUAUGACCGAUAUGUAGCCAUCUGCAACCCCCUGAGAUACCCCAUCAUCAUGAACAAGAAGAUUUGUGUUCAGAUUGCAGCUGGCUCGUGGGUGACAGGCUCCUUCACUGCCCUGGUGGAAACUGUGUCUGUGUUGCAGCUGUCACUGUGUGGAAGGAGUGUCAUCAAUCAUUUCACUUGUGAGAUUCUGGCCAUCCUGAAACUGGUUUGUGUAGACACUUCCAAGGUGCAGUUAAUCAUGCUGGUGAUCAGUGUACUUCUUCUUCCUAUGCCAAUGCUCUUCAUUUGUAUUUCUUAUGCAUUCAUCCUCUCUAGCAUCCUAAGAAUCAGCUCACUGGAUGGUCGGAGCAAAGCUUUUUCAACAUGUGCAGCCCACCUGAGUGUAGUGGUUUUAUUCUAUGGGACAGCUCUCUCCAUGUACCUGAAGCUAUCAACUAUAGAUUCACAGGAAGUAGAUAAGUUUAUAGCUUUGGUAUAUGCUGGCUUAACUCCCAUGUUGAAUCCUAUCAUUUAUAGUUUACGGAACAGAGAAGUGAAAGUGGCUGUGAAAAAGUUGCUGGUAGGAACUCUGUUUGUGCUCUUUCAGUCUCUAGUAGCAAAUGAUAUCUAUAAAUAUUAA